AUGUCAGAAAAACUGUCCAGCACAUCGGGUAUCGGGGCUGAUAAAGAAUGGGAGAAGCUUGAAGUUCUGAGCAAAGUCGACCAGGACCCAAAGAGGAAGCGAGCCGAUCUUGCAAAAGAGCUCGGACUAGCACCAUUGACGCUGAGCACGAUUGUCGGUCAGCGAGAGCAGAUUCUGAAGAACGUGCAACGCUUCGGUGCGAAUGUCAAGCAAGCGAAGACGGCGCAGCACGUGAACUUGGAAGAAAUCCUUCUGACGUGGUUUAAGGAGGUGACGGCGGCCGGCAUCUACGUCGACGGCAAAGUGGUGCGAGAGAAAGCGGACGACAUUGCUCUAUCUCUGGGAAUUGACAACUUCCAAGCGUCAGGUGGGCGGCUCCACCGUUUCAAGGCGAGACAUAAUAUAGUGUACAAGACUGUCUGCGGCGAAGGGAAGGAAGUCGACGAGUCCGUUGUGAAUGAAUGGAAAACAGCAACACUGCCAUCGCUCAUCGCAGGCUAUGAGCCGCGCGACAUCUUCAAUACGGAUGAGGCUGGCCUCUUCUUCAACGUGCAGCCAGAGAAGAGCUUAUGUUUCAAGGGGCAGAAUUGCCAAGGUGGUGAAAAAAGCAAGAACAGAAUUACUGUUCUCUUCUGCUGCAACGCAGAUGGCUCGGAAAAGUUCAAACUGACGGUCGUCGGGAAGUUUCAAAAGCCAAGGUGUUUCAAAAACGCAGGCCCGUUGCCGUGCAUGUACAAGGCCAACAAGCGAGCCUGGAUGACGACGACCAUUUUUCAAGAGUUUUUGGUUUAUCUUGACCACAAAAUGUCAAGCAAGAACAGAAAAAUUGUCCUAAUUCUUGAUCAGUGUUCUGCCCAUCCUAAAGAUGUACAGCUUUGGAACGUAAAGCUGGUGUUUUUGCCAGCAAACGCAACCAGCCAUUUGCAGCCGCUGAAUGCAGGGAUUAUCAGAAAUGUGAAGCACCAUUUCAAAGGCCUCCUAGUGCGACGUCUCCUAGCGAAGAUUGAACGCAAUGAAGCAAACCUCCAGGUGAGCCUGCUGGACGCCUUGCACUUCAUCGCUGUUUCGUGGGAACGGGUGACGGAAUCAACAAUCCAGAACUGUUUCCGAAAGUGCGGUAUUCCCAGCUCACAUGUUGAAACAUGUGCGGAGCUGGACCAAGAAAACGUAUCGAUCGAAAAUUGGGAGCGACUUCAGGUGGAAUGCUCCGCAUUUGAUUUUGUGACUGCCGAUGAUGACAUCGCGACGUGCGGAGUGCGAUCUGUGAAUGAGAUAAUCGAGGACUCUGCCGCAGGAGGGCAGUUAUCUGCUUCCAGUGAUAGUGAAAGUGAAAAUGCUGUGGGAGAUGAUGAGAAGCCGCCAGCGACUGCCGACGUGUUGCACGCUCUCUACGUUCUGAGGCGUGCGACAAGUACGGAAUGCGUCAGUGAGAACACUUGCACGCGGUUCUACGCGUUUCAGCGAAGUUUACUGCACGAUCUCGAAGCACCCACGACGCAGCGGCAGAUAAUGAACUUUUUUCAUCGUACGAUACAAGAAUAA